CUCUUUGUUUCUCUGUCUUUCAGGUCAUGGUUGUAGUUUACUCUGCUGAUCUGCCUGGCGGCUGUAUUUGACUACGGACUGAGUGUUUCCUCCUCCUGCUGCUCCAGUAUUCAAAUGCUGCCAUUCUUUAUAGCACAGUGGAAGAGAGAGACUAAGAAAGAGAGCUGAGCGAAAAGACAGAAAGUGGUAGAGUGACUCUUGGUGUUUUGUUUUUUUGUUUUUCUAUGUAAAACAUGUCAGGAGAACUGUGGUAGAUCUCCAAAGAGAGAAAGAGAGACGCCGACGCAUCUCAUUCUCUCUGAAAGACAACAAAGACGCAAACUAAAGCCUCGACAUCCAGGACACAAAAAAAAAGAAAAAGAAGAGACAUCUUUCCAGAAGAUGAACAUGCCACAUCAUCAUGGACCUUGAGGAUGCCCUUUGACUUCCCUCUCUCUCACCUCCCCCCUCUGUCAUGGAGUCUGACCCGAACCACCUCUGUGACCCCUACAAACCAGACGCGGAUGACGGCGAGCUGCCCGAUCUGGAGUGCGCCAUCUGUUUCUGCCAGUUCAACAACAUCUUCAACACCCCUAAAGUACUGGAAUGCAAACACACCUUCUGCCUGGAGUGUCUAGCGCGGAUGAACGUGAAGUCCGCCCAACCCAACACCAUCCAGUGCCCGCUGUGCCGUGCCUACACCCCGUUACCAGACCUGGGUCUUCCCAAGCUUGCGAACGACUCCACGGUGCUGUCCUACCUCCCGACCGCCAUGCAGCACGUCUACAGCAUCCGCUUUAAUCGCGACAAAGGCAAACUGCAGGUGAAGAGAGUGCCCAGCUCUGCCCCGGCUCUAACACACACCAUCAGCCAGAGCCUAGACGUCGGGAACCCGGCAGGAGAGGUGGGGGGGCGCGCCUCGGCCAGAGAGAGGUCUGUGCUGAUCACCAUACUGUGCUCGCCACUGUGCAAAGCUUUCCUCAUGAGUACGGUGGCCAUAAUGACGGUCAUUCUCAUCAUUGUGAUCAUCGUCUUGAAACCUCAUUAG